AUGGAAACAACUGCCACAUUUUUACCAAAAUCUGUUCAAAAACAAUGCCAGGCACAUCUAGUACCAUGUAAAAUCAGGUAUACUGGACAAACCGAUGAGCUUGAAGAACAAUUUAUUAUGGAUAAACAAGUUAUCAGUCCAUUGCAUGAAAAUAGGAACGUAACGUAUAUCAGAGGAAGGAAAGUGAUUGGAGAACAAGUGGUGUUCGAUGACAGGACGACAUACAUUAUGAGUACGCGUGAAGAUGAUAGCGGAAAUCUACUAAUCGAACCAACGUAUAAAGUAACUGAAAUAUUUAACUACGAAAGAGAAGGUAACGAAGAACGGUUAACAGAUGAAAUAUCCAAAUUCAUAGAAUGCAGGGAACUAGAUUCUCUGAUACAUGAAGGGUGA